AUGGCAGCGACUGACUGGAGUGCCAAACAGUACCUCAAGUUUGAGGCCGAGCGCACUCGGCCUUCUCGCGAUCUCCUCGCCCAGAUUCCUCUCAACUCACCGCGCAACAUCGUGGAUUUGGGCUGCGGACCUGGCAAUUCAACGGCCGUGCUCCUAUCCCAAUAUCCAAACGCUUGCGUUGCUGGGAUGGACUCGUCUCCAGAUAUGAUUCAGAAAGCCCGUGAAACACUUCCUCGCGUCGAGUUUACUGUCGAUGACCUCAGUACAUACACCCCACAGGAACCGGUCGAUCUCUUCUUCUCGAACGCCGUCUUCCAGUGGCUCCCGCGCGGCCAGCGUCUGAAAACCAUCAAACGCCUCAUGCAACUGCAGCCUUCAGGCGGAGUAUUUGCUUUUCAAGUUCCGGAUAAUCUGGCCGAGCCGUCCCACGUCUCGAUGCAAGAAACCGCUGCAGACGGCGCCUGGUCGGAAGUGCAAUCCGCUGUACGAGACAGCUUCCAAUCUCCGCAGGAGAUCUACGAUGAACUGAAGCCUCUCUGCGCUGAUGUGAACAUCUGGCAUACAUACUACAACCAUUCGCUUGAGAACCAUGAGGCUGUCGUCGAAUGGGUCAAGGGGACGGGUUUGCGGCCGUUCAUUGACCCUCUCUCGCCGGCGGAUCGGGAUGCUUUCCUGAAGGCAUAUUUAGGUCGUAUUCAGAAAGCAUACCCCAAGUCCGUCGAUGGAAGGGUAUUGUUGCGCUACCCUCGAUUGUUUGUGGUCGCCACCAGGAACUAG